UCAUGCGUGCACUGAUCGGUCGAUCUCUGAAUAUAUAAAACGCCACCCGCACCAUGCCAUAUGCCAUCCCGCUCAAAAGUCAGCUAAGCAACCGAGCUGAGACCUCUUAUCCAGUACGGCGAACCUCACCGACGCGGACGACGAUGAUCCUGACGCCCUUGCUGGCUCUUGGUCUAGCACUCCUCUGUGCCGCCAGCCCGUGCUUGGGGUUGGGGAGCGGCGGCGCCGGCGCGUCCGUGUCUAGCGUCGUCACCGAGGCGUUCUUCGACGGCAUCAAGUCCCAGGCCGGGAACGGGUGCGAGGGCAAGAAUUUCUACACGCGGAGCGCGUUCGUGAGCGCUGCCGACGCGUUCCCGGCCUUCGCGCAUGGCGGCACGGAGGCGGAGGGCAAGCGCGAGAUCGCCGCCUUCUUCGCGCACGUCACGUACGAGACCGGGUAUUUCUGCUACAUCAACCAGAUCGGGAAGAGCCAAGUCUCGUGCGCCCUGAGCUCACAGUGGCCGUGUGCCCCGGGGAAGAAGUACUACGGGCGCGGCCCGCUGCAGAUCUCGUGGAACUUCAACUACGGUCCGGCGGGGCAGAGCAUCGGCGUCGACCUGCUGGAGAACCCGGACAAGGUGGCGCAGGACCCCGUGGUUUCAUUCAAGACGGCGCUCUGGCUCUGGAUGACCAACGCGCACAAGGUGAUGCCAACGCAGGGGUUCGGCGCCACUAUCAGGGUCCUCCACGGCGCCCUCGAGUGCAACGGCAAGAACCCCGCCGCGAUGAAGGCGCGGGUGGGCUACUACAAGGACUACUGCAAGCAGUUCGGUGUCGACCCAGGGAACAACGUCACCUGCUAGAUGUGCCGGAGUUGCUCGUGAAGAAUAAAAUGGCCUGGCGGCGGCUGGAGUGAAACUCAGAUAGGAGUAUUCACGGAUGCGUAGUAGCAAUAAAAGAUACAUGGACUGGGUCUGUGUUAUUCGACCUGAAUAACGAAGAGAGUGGCGUAGACAAGCAAACAACACUCAACACCCACCUCUCCUAGAAAGAAUGGAUCGGUUACCUAUCAACAUUUGUUUUACUCCAUAAUUAUGCAUCAAACAUCUUGUGAUCUUAUAUUAUAAAUGUUAGUUACGAUAUGAUCUCAA